AUACCUCGAACUUCUCUGGAAAAUAGAGCCGUUCGAUAAAUCCAAAUGGGGUUUUCGCUUCGAAUAGGUCGGAGCUUGAUCUCCACAGAAAUCCGUAACUUCCGGCGUAUUCGCUUUCAGAUUCAUGGGUUAGAAAUGGUUGAAGCAAUUCACACAGGCAAGGAAGAAUCAAAGAGUGGGGAAGUCAUUGACAGAGUCUGCGAUUCGUUGAGGAGAGGUGGGAACUGGGAUACACUGAGUGGGAACUUCGAUUCAAUCAAGUUAACCGACUCGGUUGUCGAGAAAAUAUUGCUGGAAUUGAAAGAGCCAGCGGACGCCAGACGGGCCUUGAGUUUCUUCCACUGGUCGGCUCGACGGAAGAGUUUCCAACACGGAAUUCGAUCAUACUGUGUUGCAGUUCAGAUAUUAGUUCGAGCCCGGAUGCUCAACGACGCCCGAGCUUUGCUAGAGUCGGUUAUAAGAAAGAGCAUCGGAGGAGAUUUGUCGGGAUUUGUGGUUGUUGAGACGCUGCUUGAUACUUACCAGAGCACUAAUUCGAGUCAUUUCCUGUUUGAUUUCUUGAUACAAACGUAUUCCAAGUUGAGGAUGUUCAGAACAGCUUUUGAUAUCUGUCGCUACCUGGAAGAACAUGGGUUCUCUUCGAGUCUAAUAAGUUUCAACACUUUAAUCCACGUUGUUCAGAAAUCAAAUCAGUUUGAAUUGGUUUGGAAUAUUUAUGAGUUUAUGAUACAAAACAGGAUUUACCCAAAUGAAAUUACGACAAGAAUCAUGAUCAGUGCACUGUGCAAGGAAGGGAAGCUGCAGAAAUUUGUAGAAUUAUUGGAUAGAAUUCAUGGAAAGAGAUGCUCUCCUGGUGUGAUAGUCAAUACCUCUUUAAUUUAUAGGAUUUUAGAAGAGGGGAGAAUUGCAGAAGGAAUUCUUUUGUUGAAGAGGAUUCUUCAGAAAAACAUGAUACUUGAUGAUGUAGCUUAUUCUUUGAUUAUACAUGGCAAGUGCAAGAUUGGAACAUUAGACUCCAUAGAACAGCCGUUUGAAGAAAUGCUUAAGAGGGGCAUCCGUCUAAAUUCCUUUCUUUAUACUCUGUUCAUAGGUUCCCACUGUAAACAGGGAAGAAUUGAUGAAGCAAACCGAUUAAUGCAAGAAAUGAAAGUCACGGGGUUGAAGCCAUACACUGACACGUAUAAUUUUCUCAUCGAGGGAGUUGUUGAAGAUGGGAGAUUGAAAGAAAGCUUAAACUUCUGUGAAGAAAUGAUAAAGGAAGGAAUUCUGCCCAGUUGCCCUACAUUCAACAAGAUGGUGGCAAAGCUCUGUGAAAGUGAUGAUGUAAAGCAAGCCAACACCAUCUUGACUAUCUUGUUAGACAAAGGGUUUCUACCUGAUGAGUUCACUUAUUCAUAUCUUAUUGAUGGAUAUGGGAAACUAGGUGAGAUCCAAGAAGUUCUCAAGUUGUACUAUGAGAUGGAAUAUAGGGCCCUCUCUCCUGGUCUGAUGACCUAUACAUCAUUGAUUAGAAGCCUAUGUCAAUGUGGGAAGUCAAAGGAAGCAGAGAAUUAUAUAACUGUUAUGGAAGAUCGAUCAUUGUUGCCUACUGUUUUCAUUUAUGAGAUGGUGAUUCAUGCCUACUACAAGAAUGGAAAUAUGACAAGGGCCCUUCAUCUUUAUAAUGAGAUGGUUAAGAAAGGUUUGAAGCCAAGUUAUCUUACCUUUUCAGAGUUGAUUGACAAAGUUGGUCAGACUAGUUCUAUUCAAAAGAGCAAACAUGGUGCUGGGCAAACAUUAUGACCUUAGAAGUUUUCAGGGGUUUUUUGAGCAGUAAUGGUGGAGAUUAGAUUGUUUUCUUCUCUCUAUUUGCAUUAGAGGAUCCUAUGUGUGGAUACUAGCUUUGGUGACUUCAAGGUCAACUUGUUGUGAGUGCAAGCAAUCACCAUUCGGUUUAAGUACCACAAAGACCUUUAGUUUUGGACCAUGAGUUCCAUUCAUUAAGCACAUACAAGUUUCAUUUGGUUGAGCAAAAGGUUCAGACUAGAUAUUUAAUUUGGAGGAAAUUUAAGGUUUCAUUGGUUUCAAUUCUAAAGAUGAGCUGAGCAUAUGGUUUAGAAUCUCAGGAACAUCUGGUGUAAUUCCAGCUUGAUUUAAGUGUUUCUUGUGAUCAACUGUCUGGAACAUAGAAAACUUCACAUAAAUGUAACUCUUAGUCAUUUCUGUUUUAUGUGGAUAUGUGCAAUGCUCCUGCACCUGACAUUCGCCACUGGGAUCACAGGACAUGCAGUAGCAAUGUCGAGCAUUCUAAAUUGGUAAGUGUUGGACAUCCAAGCAAUUGGAUCAUCCAUUGGAUGAGUCCCAUGUAAGUGAUGCUCUAUGCUACCAAAAGAAGAUAAGAAAAAUUAGCAUGAUGAGAUGACUUUGGACCAUUUGAUUUGAUGUACUAUCCUCAAAGCUUUCAAAGAGUUGCAGAAUUUCUCUCUAUUGUUAAAGCAUUUUGUACGAAGAAAAACGACAAAUUUGAAAUCAUUAGUCUGCAUUUGUCUGCAGUGCAAACCUUGACCAAUCCCAAAAUUUGUACCUGACUAACUUCUUGACAGUAC